UACCCCGACCCAAAUUAUCGCCAUCCUCACCCAAACCCACCUUCAAGUCUUCAACCAACCACCAUACAAAAUUUGCAGAAUCUCUCUCUCUCCCCCCUAUGUAUCUAUCCAUCUAAUUAGUAAACCUAACCAUCACAAAAAUGCAAUCUCGGAUCAGCUUACUAGCACGAACCCUGAAAUCAAAACCUAAUUUACCAUCUCUCUAUCUCUCUACAUUCACAUCAUCUCACUCGUUCUCCUCGUCUCCUUCAAUUGAAUCAUCCAAAUCGCAGCACCAAACCCUAGAAUCUCUCCGCCACCGGCUCGCCGCGGAAUCGCCGACGCUGACCGACUUCAUCAAGCUCAAUUCCGACGAGGAGUACUCGGUGGAUGUCGGGACGAAGAAGAAGCCGCUGCCGAAGCCGAAAUGGAUGAAGGAAUCUAUCCCCGGAGGCGAGAAGUAUACGCAUAUUAAGAAGAAGCUGAGGGAAUUGAAGUUGCAUACGGUUUGCGAGGAGGCUAAGUGCCCGAAUUUGGGGGAGUGUUGGUCUGGUGGCGAAACUGGGACGGCUACUGCGACGAUUAUGAUUCUCGGGGAUACUUGUACUCGGGGAUGCAGGUUCUGCAAUGUGAAGACAUCACGAACGCCACCACCUCCGGAUCCAAAUGAACCUUCGAAUGUGGCCGAGGCAAUUGCAUCAUGGGGUCUGGAUUAUGUGGUUAUUACUAGUGUGGAUCGUGACGAUCUACCCGAUCAAGGAAGUGGUCAUUUUGCUGAGACAGUUCAGAAGUUAAAGGCAUUAAAACCCAACAUGUUGAUUGAAGCUUUGGUUCCUGAUUUUCGUGGAGACCCAAUCUGUGUAGAGAAAGUUGCAAAAUCCGGAUUAGAAGUCUUAGCUCAUAAUAUUGAAACAGUUGAAGAGCUACAAAGUGCAGUCCGAGACCACCGUGCUAAUUUUAAGCAAUCUAUUGAUGUCCUAAUGAAAGCCAAAGAAUAUGCUCCUGCUGGUACUCUGACUAAAACAUCAGUGAUGUUGGGAUGUGGUGAAACACCAGAACAAGUAGUGAGAACCAUGGGGAAGGUGAGGGAAGCAGGUGUUGAUGUGAUUACGUUCGGUCAGUACAUGAGACCAUCCAAGCGCCACAUGCCUGUAUCUGAAUAUAUAACUCCCGAGGCUUUCGAGAAGUAUCGGAUUCUUGGCAUGGAAAUGGGAUUCCGCUAUGUGGCAUCUGGACCAAUGGUCAGGUCAUCAUACAAGGCUGGUGAAUAUUACAUCAAGUCCAUGAUAGAAGCAGAUCGAGCUGCAUCAUCAUCAUCAUCAUAGUGUUGAACAUGGUAUCAUGGGCAAAUACCUUUGAAGCAGUGUUUGCGGGGACCAUGGAGCCCUUAAAUUACAAAAGGGGGAGACAAAGUAGACACCCCACCAUGGUCUGUAGUUUUAACCUUUCUUAGGGUUUCAUUUACUAUCACUUUCAUACAAUUUUUUUCCUACAUGUUCAGAGAUCAAACUGUAGGGGGGUUUGUAAAACAUAUUUUUCCAGUAAUCAUUUUUCACAGAUUAAUAAUCAUCAAAUGUGAAGCUUUGUCGGUGAAGGCAGCUAGUUUCCUCAGUCUGGUUCUUUUAGAACAUAAGAAAGAGGUAUUUUGACUCGUGAAAGUUUGGUUUCAGUAUAAAAGCGACUGUAUCGCUCUUUCUUUGGAUUAAA